AUGGGAGACCUGAUGCAGAGAAUUAUGGAAAUGAUUCAGGCUGAGCAAGCCAAAGGGUCCAAAAAUAAUGGUACUUCAAACUCAUUCAACAACCAUGGCAGUGGCCCCCAGGAUUUUAAGGGUGCAACCAUCAACAGUGGCCAGUAUGCUGGGGACCGUAGCAGAUAUGACCUCUCAGAGCACUACGAUGAACAGGUUCUUAAUAAUACUGGUACUUUCAAUGGUAAUGGUAACGGGGGCAGUAUCAAGGGUGGGUUUAACGCCUCAACUACGAACCGCUAUGGUCGCCGUUAUUAG